GGAGUUCUGCGUAGCAAGUCUCGCCUCGGCGGCAGCCUCGGGGAGCCCGGGAGGUCCCUGCGGGGUUCAGGGCGAGAGGCGAACUCUGGUGCCCCCUCCUCGGGACCUUUUGGGUCAUGCGGCCGGGCUGCCACACUCUGUGCCCUCUUCUCAGGUCUUCCCUUUAACUCUGGGGACCCAGGGCCGCCCUUGGGGACCUUCUCCCAGAGCUGAGACUUAAGAUCCUCCAGGGACUACAUUUUUAAAAAUGCAAUUGGCUUCAAAGGCCGUGAAGAUCCGUUCCUCGCCUGCAACCUCGUGCUGCCGCGACUGCCUUCUUGCCCUUUGUUUAGGCUUCUCCCGGCGCCGGGUUGUCCUUUCCGCCUCCUUUUAAGACUCCUCUUCAACACCGAAGUGUCUCCUCUCCUGGAGAGUCUUCCCCAGACCCCCCAACUCGGAGCCUGCUUUAGACGUCCAUUCUCCUCCCUCCGAGCGCCCUUUGCGUUUCUCCAUCACAUCCCGUAGCUCUCCUCUUUGCGGACUUACUGUGUCCUUCCCACUAGCCUCUAAAGGCCAAGGGGCAGGGACCAUGACCUAUGUGAUUUUCUAUUGUUAGUGCCUUAGCAGCCUCAAAAGAAUUCACACUUUGAAAGUAGGUUUACAGUUGUCCGUAUGGAAAUACAAUACUAAAUAAUAAUACAAGACUAAAAAAAAGAAUUCACACUUUAUAGUUCAAAGGAAAAGUUGAUAGGCUGUUUUCCCACACUAGCUCAGUAAGGCAGAGCAGGUGCUAGUCUCAUUUUGCAAGUGAGGAGAGUGAAUUCAGCAAAGUCGCCCGAUUAAUAAAUAUCAGAAUCAGAACUAAAGCAUGGGCCCUCUGACUCACGUAGGCCCUGCUGCCUUCAUAGCCCAGUCCUCCCGUGCCCCUCACUCAUAUUCUCUGUGAACUUUUGGUGGUGGCUUUGUAAUUCUGAUUGAUGUUACAGUUAUGGACAAAGAAAAUGUCAUUUAUUUUUGUCUAUGACAGAUCUCAUUUCUUCCACGAGCACUCGAUUAUUGAUUGUUAGGAAAAAAUAAUGGAAAUGUUCAAUCAGCUUUAAAGUUUAUCCAAUGCUUAGUUUCUCUUAUACACAAAUAUUUAGGUUCUCAGGUAACUUCUCCUCUGAUUCUCUUCUUGAGAUGGUGUCCUGUAGCUCUCCAAGUGUGGUCUGAGGGAGUCCCUGGGGAUCCCUAACACAUUUUCAUGGACUCUACCAGUCAAACUUUCUUCAUACUCUUAGACGAAGAGUGCCUUUGCCCUGUCUCGCAUGUUACAAUGGUUUCCCAGAGGCCACCUGAUGUGAUAUCACAACGUCACGUGUCAUCACAGUGAACGCAGAAGCAGAUAGGAGAACCCAUCUGCCUGCUAAUAGGCCAGACCUACUACAUAAAUAAAUACCGAUUCGUUUGAGUAGAUUCCUAUUAUUCUCUUUUUUUGUCUCAGGUAUUUUUGGAGUUCAUGGAGCCAGAAGGACCCCCGGACUCAGAGGGUUCAGAAAAAUCAGAACUUUUCUCACAUCAAGAAGAAGAAGUUGAAGAGGAGGAGGAGGAGGAGGGAGAGGAAGAAGAGGAGGAGGAAGAGGAGGAGGAGGAAGAGGAGGAGGAGGAGCAGAAGGGGGCAACAGGCCCUCUUAACCCCCUCCUGCAGCCUGCCCUCACGGGGGACGUCGAAGGCUUACAGGCGAUGUUCGAGGACCCGGACAACCCUCAUUACGACCAGGCCAUGCGGCUCCUGUUGGAAGAAGACAUCGUGGGGAGAAAUUUGCUGUACGCGGCUUGCAUGGCUGGGCAGAGUGAUGUCAUUAGAGCUUUGGCAAAAUACGGCGUGAAUCUGAACGACAACACUGCCAGAGGUUAUACGCUCUUACACUGUGCUGCAGCCUGGGGUCGGCUGGAAACUUUGAAAGUGCUGGUGGAACUGGAUGUUGAUAUAGAAGCUCUGAACUUCCGGCAAGAGAGAGCUCGCGAUGUGGCCGCUCGGUAUGCCCAGACCGAGUGCAUUGAAUUCCUGGACUGGGCAGCUGCAAGACUGGCUCUGAAAAAAUAUAUUAUGAAGGUCUCGGCAACCGUUACAGACUCAGAAAAGGGACCAGGGAGACUCUCAAAAGAAGAUAAGAAUAACAUCCUCAUUGCAUGCCGUAUGAAAAAUGAGUGGUUGGAAACCCAUUUGGAAGCUUCUAUUAAAGAGCUUUUUGAGCAGAAACAACAAUUGGAAGAUAUGGUGACUCCCAUCCUCAUAAAAAUGACUACACCACGUCAAGUGAGAAGUGCCAAAUCUGUAGUCUAAGCCAUGGCCAGAAAAGAAGUCACGACCAUACCUUCACUGAACAUAGAUUUUUAUAAACAGCCACAUUCCCUUCUAGUAUUUGUAAAGGCAAACCUAUCUGUGACGAUCAAAGCUGAGAAAACAGAUGUGGGGUUUUAUAAAAAUGCUUAAGUAUGACAUUGAAUCACCCGUUUUGCUUUACCCUGAUCAGCGUGCUCAGGUCCAGGCUGACCUUGACCCUGCUCCCCCAAGUGCAGUCCCGUGUGAGUUCCACCUGCUCCUUUCAGAAAGCAGUUGGGUGUGAAUCACUCACAAAAGCCACAUGGAAGCUUUAAGAGCUAGUUAGAGAAUCUAAUAAUUUUCUGUGUAAUCGAGGUGGGAAAUGUCCACUCAGUCGGAUAAUUCUAUAAAAAAAGACAUCGUGGCUGUUUCUAGAGGCAAAAUUUGUUCUCCCUCCCUCAAAAGGAAAGCUAUGGGGUGGCAUUCUGGAGCAAGGAAGUAUUAAGAAUAGUUUGGAUCAGGGUCCUCAGCUCAUACAGCUAUUACUUUUUAUGUCCAAAUAAAAAUUUACCUGUAAGGUGGGAUAUAGUUUCUUAGUAAACCUUCUUAUUUGUCUUUAACCUCUUUCUGUCUAAAUUAAUAAACACAGAUCUGUUUAGUUUUAUAUUUAGUUUUCCUUUGUUCUGUAGAUUCGGUAAUACAGAUAUGAUAACUGGACUCUAUGUCGUUUCCCUUCUGUUUUGUUUCAUAUUUUCUAGGUUUUAAAUAUCGUUGUUGGUUUCAUAUUAGUGAUUUUUUUCCCCCUCCUAGUUUAUCUAAAAGCCUCUGAUCUACGACUCUGUGACUGUUUGGAAAAGUUUCACAGAAAGAAAAUAUUUUUUAAAAUCCA